AUGACGACUUUGGAGCUUCGAGUCCAUAUGGAUUGUCCCGGUUGCGAAAGUAAAGUUCGAAGUUCACUCCAAAAUUUAAAAGGUGUGGACAGCGUUGAAAUCGACAUGUCGUUACAGAAAGUGACGGUGAUCGGGUGGGCGGAGCAAAAGAAGGUACUGAAAGCGGUUCGAAAACACGGUCGUCGAGCGGAGCUGUGGCAGUUACCCUACAACCCGGACCACGAUAACUGCAGUGAUCCCUAUCCUCAACAUCAACUAAAUGGGCCCAUUCAAAAUUUUUAUGGGCCUCAGCCCAAUUCCACUUACAACUAUUACAAACAUGGGUACGAUAGUCACGAUCAGGCCCAUCAUCUUAACUACUCCACACAUUCCAACAUCUUCGGCCGCCAGACUGGCUCCAUGUUUAGUGACGAAAAUGUCAACAAUUGCUCUAUUAUGUGA